CAAAUCUUUAAACGUAGAACAUAAAAAUAGAAUACGAAGAAGAAGAAAGUCGUCUAGUACGUCGAGAUUAUUUGUUCAACAAUCUCCAACUCGGCGAAGAUCGAAAAUGGAUCUACAGAAAGAUUUUAACAUUGAUAAAGGGAAACGGAAGAAAACCGGUUAUUCAUCCUCUUCUACGGAUACUACAAAAAGAGAUUGCUCAUCCAUGUCAGUUCUUAGCGAACUCGACUUUCCUCGCGAACCUCCAAUAUUACCAACAAGCAAUCCUGAAGAACUUCACAAUCUUCUCUUAUGCUACAUAGAGAUUCUACAUAAAGAUCCCAGUUUUCAUGAGAAAAUGAAAGAUCCUGUAAAGGACCUGUAUAAUAAUCUUGAAACAAAGUCAACUGCGGAGUUUGAUCCUUUGCAACCAGCCAAGAAAGUUUGCAUUAUUUUUCAUGGCGCGCCGUUCACUGAAUAUCAAGAAACCGCAUGUAGAAGCGCUAAAGUAUUGCAAGUGCCAUUAUUAUGCAUAGAUAAUGUAAUUAUCGAAGGCAUCGCUCUUGGUGACAAUUGGAUUUCAAUCAAGUUGCGGCAGAUUGUCGACGACGCUUAUCAGGAAUAUUCGCUAGCGUUCGAGAAACAUAAGUAACUAUAAAAUUAAGAAAAAUUCAGAUAUUUUUUAAUAAAUAUUU